AGCAAUGGCAAUAGAAAACAAACGUGAGGAGGAAUUUCACACAGUUUUCAGUCGAAAUGACUCCCUGGAGCUCUCCUGCCACCACGAGUACGACCCCGCCAAGGCGCGCAUCUUCAAGAUCAUCGUUAUCGGUGAUUCUAACGUGGGGAAGACGUGUUUGACGUACCGCUUCUGUGGGGGCACUUUCCUGAAGAACCCCGAGGCAACUAUUGGGGUGGAUUUCCGAGAGAGGACGGUGGAGCUGGAUGGAGAGAGCAUCAAGUUGCAGAUUUGGGACACGGCCGGUCAGGAGCGUUUCAGAAAGAGCAUGGUGGAGCAUUACUACCGCAGCGUUCACGCCGUCAUCUUCGUGUACGACGUGACCAGCCUCACCUCCUUCCACAGCAUCCCCGACUGGAUCGAGGAGUGCAGCCGACACUCCGUGGGGCCCCUGGUGCCCCGCAUCAUGGUGGGGAACAAGUGUGACCUGAGGGAUCGCCGGGAGGUGCCCACAUCGGCGGCCCAGCGUUUCGCCGACAGCUACAACUUCCCGCUGUUUGAGACUUCGGCCAAAGACCCGGCGGAGAAGGAGCACGUCGAUGCUAUUUUCCUGACUUUAGCUUACAGGCUGAAGAGCCACAAGCCUCUGAGACUGAAGCAGCCCAGCGUGAGCAACGUCACGCAGCUGUGGAACCAAAGUGAGCAAGAUGAAGGAACCUGUCAGUGCUGAGACCGUCGUCAUCUGCAGCUACAGCCUUCAGUGUAGCGAUGAAGCGAAACGAGACAGUGUUGAUCCGAGUGUCCUGUUUCCCGUAUUGAUUAGGUAGGAAAGACAGAAACCCCCUGGAUUUUCCCAUUCCCCUGCCUGAUCUAUGGCCCAGCUAGUGACAGUAUAUGCCUGUAGGUUUGCACAAUUCAAAAUCAACAUUUCAAGGGAAGCAUGAAUGCAUAUGGAUGUAUGCCAAGUGUUUGUAGCUUAAAACUGCACAUGCAAAUCACUCUUGAGUCAGCAGACCAUUGCUGACUGCACUUUAUUAGAUGAAUGAUAUGCAAUUAUGAACUGUCGAACAACUGUAGCAUAUCCAGACAAACGACACGUACAGUGAGUACAGAGAUCUGUUGAUUUCUGUGUUUGUAAAGGGACCAAGAUACAAUGAAACUGUGAAAAAAAAAAAGCUGCAACCAUUGUCUUUAAAUGAUGUUAGAGACAUGUACAUGUUGACCAGUGUAACUUUGGUGCUGUUCAGUAUUUUGCCUCUGCUCAAUUGCCCUGUACAUUUCUUCACAGACAACACAGUGGAAAAGCAAGAACAGAAAUGGCAAAAUGUAGCUGUCAAAUGAAACAAAUUGCAAGUCUGCAUAGUGCACAUGGCUGCAUGGCUGCACAGGAGCUCAGCGGUCCUUGAAACUGAGGGAAGUCACUGAGGAUAAUGUUGCAUGUAUGUAAUCUGUCAAAAAGUUCUCAACUCCAACUGUAAAGCUGCAACUCAAUAAAGCAAAGUAUUUUCUGUAUGGUC